AUUAGUCUUUUUAGCUUUUCUCAGUAGGUCAUGCUGUUACGCAUUUAAUGCCUAACAAACCAGCGACUUUUUAUCGCUUAGAAGUACUGACUGGUUCUGUGGAUGAGAAGAUUACUGUAGCUAAUCUGUUAUCCACUGUAUGUUGCAAAUGUAAACAGUAUCACACAGCUUAGGGAAAAAUUAGCUGUGUGGCUACAUGCAGGAAUGUUCAGUAUUUUAAGGACAUCACCAAAAUGCAUGUAUUGCUUUUUAAAGAGCCAAGAGAGGGAGAAUCAGGACCUGAUCCUUACAUUGCGGCGCUGGCAUCACAUGGACACAAGGCAACCCUAAUUCCUGUGCUGUCUUUUAAGUUUGUCUCAUUAAACAUUUUGUCGGAUAAGCUGUUCCAACCAGAUAAACACGGUGGCCUUAUAUUUACCAGUCCAAGAGCAGUGAAAGCAGUAAAAAUGUGUUUGGAAGCAGAAGAAAGAAGAGAAGAGUGGAAUAAAUCAGUGAAGGACAAGUGGAAUACCAAAUCCAUCUAUGUGGUUGGGAAGGCCACUGCAGCAUUAGUGCGAAAUCUGGGCCUGAACCCUAUGGGAGAAGACACAGGGACAGCAGAGGUCCUGUCAAGUGUCAUCAUUGAACGAGAGGACACAAGUAUCCCACCACUUUUUUUCCCCUGUGGCUCAAUCAAAAGAGAAGUCUUGCCCACGGCUUUAAGGGAAAAUGGAGUUCCCCUAGAGACGUUGACUGUCUAUCAAACCGCUGAACAUCCUGAUCUUGAGAAAAAUCUGAAGAACUGCUUCACAGAAGAGGGAACUCCAGCAAGUAUAGGUUUCUUCAGUCCCUCAGGAGUAAAGUUUUGCCUGGAAGGGGUACGCAGGCUGGCGGGUGAACAGCUGACUCAGAUAAAGUUUGCAGCCAUCGGGCCAACUACUCAAGAUGCAAUGACAGCAGAGGGUCUUUGUGUGAGCUGUGCAGCAGAAAAGCCAACAGCUGAACACCUGGCAGCCGCGAUUGCCAAGGCUCUACAGUGACCACCAACAGCCCUCCUAAAUCCACCUAUCUUAUCUGUUUCCUCUUGUUUAUUUUGUGUUUUGUAUGAAUGUAUUGCAAUUUUUCUCUUUUAUUUUAUUGCUUAUCUCUUGAUUGCUGGAGAUACUGCAGCUCUAUUGCACUAAGAAAAUUAGCUGUUUGUGUCAUAAAAGUCAAAGAAGCCUGAAUUAAGAAAUCAAAAUUCUAUUGUUCUCAAAUCUAUUUAAAGUGAAUGUUAAAUUAUCUUAAAAAAAUAAACUUUAUUUGGUAUAAUA